GCGUGCGCCAGUUAUCGCUCUUGAAGCGAAAAUUUGAUCUGCGUUCCCGGCUUGUGUCGGAGUCCUCCGUCCCGGUUCCACCGCAUUGUCCGCGAGCCCCAUCCAGUUCCGCUCCUAUACCAUUGCGCCGUCGCCGCCCGCGCCCGCGCCCGCGCCGUCCUCCGGGCCUCCCCCCAAAUCUCCGCCGGCCGUGCCCCAGGAUCCGGCCCCCGAGCACUCGAGCCACCUCACCCAGUCCCCCGAGUUCCUGCCCUACGCCCUACAGACGGAUCUCCAGCCAGUCCUGCCCCUCAUCCCGCAUUCGACGCCAGCCAAGUCUCCGAGACGCCCGGCCCUGAGCCUGCAACACAAGUCCUCGGCCCAGUCCCUGCGACCCGUCUCAAGAACGCCCAGCCUCAAGACCGGCAGCAUCUACGGUGCCUUCGGCUCUGCCUCGGCCGCCAGCUCCACCGUUCCGAGCCCGGUCAUUUCCGCCAUGGGGGACGUCACCCCUCUUCCUUCGCCCUUGCUGUCAAGCGACUCGCCGGGGCCGUGGAGACAGCUGGCCAGGCGGACGUCGCAAGAAGCCGUGCCUCCCACCUCAGAGUCAGCCAAGGGCGAGCCGACUGGUUCUGCAACCGAUUCGAAGAGUCCGAGCAAGGCAUACGAAGCACUCACGUCAUGGCCCGGUCCAGGUGACGGCGCCAGUCGAGACAACGACGGCGGCCUCGCCAAGCCUCCAAUACCGCACACUAGGAAUCGAAGCAUCAGCGAGUACAUCCCGGACCCCAUGCUGAUACCGAAGCGCAUGUCGACUGUGUCCGGCAUCCGUACCAAGCCCGAGAUCCAGGCCGUGGCGGAGACACACAUGCGCCGAGAGCCCCACCUCUCCGAGGCGAGAGGCCUGACGCCCGUCGAGAAGCCACCGACGCCGCCUCCGAGCGAGUCGUCGCUGAGCGCCGCGGACUCAUCGUCGGCCGCCGGCUCCGGGUCCAGCACCCGCAGCAAACAGUCACGGGCCGAGUUCUUCGAGGCCUAUGGUCGCUACGACAAGAAGCGCCGGCGUUGGCGCGCCAUCAGGGUGCUUGGCCAGGGCACCUUCAGCCAAGUCUACCUGGCCACGAGCCAAACGUCAGCUUCGCCGCCCGACGACGAGGACUGCAGCCCAGGCAGCUGUUCACAGCUCCAGGAAUCCCUAGGCGGACGCCGAUCCCUGGUAGCUGUCAAGGUUUGCGAGCACGGCCCCCGCGGCGGCGCGUCCGAGGACCGCAUCGAGAUGAGCCUCAAGCGAGAGCUCGAAAUUAUGCAGAGCAUACGCCAUCCCUCGCUCGUGCACCUCAAGGCCUGGAAUAUCGAGCCAAGCCGGGCCAUCCUCGUGCUCAGCUACUGUCCCGGCGGAGACCUUUUUGACGUCGCCACCCGCCAUCGCGACCUGCUCACGCCCGCCCUCAUACGGCGCAUAUUUUCCGAGCUGGUCGGCGCCGUCACCUACCUCCACGCGCAAAACGUGGUGCACCGGGAUAUCAAACUAGAGAGUGAGCCAUCUCCCCUCCCCAACCCCCCAAUUUCUGACCGUUUCCAGAUGUCUUGGUAAACCUCCCCCCCUCCGAACUCUCGACGAUCCCGUCCACCAACUGGACCACCUACCCGCACUCGGUCAUCACGCUCACCGACC